AUGACCGAUUGGAGUGGUGGUGGUGGAUAUCAACAACAACAACAACUUAUUACUUCUUCCAUGAGUCCUAGGAUGAGCAGCGGAAGUAAUAGUAGUGAUUUCAAUCAUUCCUAUCUACAACAUACUCUCCUACAACAAUCAUCAUCAUCACCUUCUUCUUUUGCAAACACGAAUGGCAGUCCACUCAGUACGAGUAUUCAAAUCCAUUCUUCUUCUUCUUCUUCUUCGUUGAUUCCAUCCUCUUGUUCUCCUUCAUUCCUACAUCAGCCUCUCUCUUUUUCUCAUCAUCAUCAAGGAAAUACUCCUCCCUCACCCAUCACUCAACAAUGCCUAACCGGUCAUAAUCAUUACGAUCCGAUCCUAUUGCUUCACUUUUUGCAAGAAGCGAAACGAUUGGAUCCUCUUGCCUUGAUGAAUGAAGCCAAAGAGAAUGCCAUCAAGAAACUUGAACAAAACCUAUUACAUGAAUCAUCCUCAUCCUCACAUCAUCAUCGUGUUGGUUAUAGUAAUAGUAGUAACAUAAAUAGUAAUAGUAUUAUUCACUGGAUCACUAUUACACCACAAUGCUCUCCACGACAAAUGGAUGGUGUUUGUGAAGUGGCUGAAUUAUUAAUGCGAUACGCUCAUGAUAAUAAUAAGAAAUGGUUGUUGCAGACUGCUUGUGUCAAGUCUGUCUUGUAUGGAUUUGAGAUGGAUGAAGUGUUACAUGGUUUGGUUUGGCUUGUGAGUGAGAAAAUUAAAUCUCUCAAUUUGAAUUCACGAAGUAGUAGUGGUGGCAGUAGUACCAAUAAUUCACCAAGACUUGCAAUUCCUUUCAACGUGAAUAAGGUCACAGUGAAAUUGGAAAAUACAAACUCAGAAUGUCUGUCUUUAAAGCAUGAUGAUGAUGAUGAUGACAUCAAUGCAACCAGAACCUCCUCAGAACCACCACUAUUGAAUUCCAUUGAGGCCAAUUCCUUAAAUAACAACUCAAAUAGCUCUCCAGGAACUCCUGGCACCGUCAAACGAAAAACUCCUGUCAAAGUGGUUCGAGUACUCAGUAACGAUUCAUUGUCACCCACUACUCCUCCUGAAUCUGCUAGUACCAUCGCAAGCAAACCACAAAUUGUAUCGGCCGGAAGUAUUACAAGAAAAGGCACCGCAGCAGCACGAGUGGUGAAACGAAUUCAAAAACAAACGGAUAGUCCUAUGAGUACUCCGCCAACAAGCCCUCGUGAAGAACAGCAUGUUCACAACGAGAAGUGA